UUGAGUUAGCUUGAUUUUUAUUUUUGCAUUAAAUUAAUAAUCUACCUGUUUGUAAAUUUAUAAUUGUUAGUCUGCGUGCUUUUAAUUUAUCGUUUUUAAAUUUAAAUUUUAAUAAGAUUGAACACUAUCUUUAAAGUAAUUGUAUAAUAUAAAUGUAUUAAAACAAUGUUUUUUAGACGUUUAAAACUAUCACAUACACGAUGUUUUUUACCGGCCUUUUUCUUGAAUAAAAAUGAAUACGAUAUAGAAGGAACCGAAGUCUUAGAUACGAAAAAAGUCCGUGGAUGGCAAGGUGUCGUGAACGCGUUUUCCACCGACGAAGAUGGUAAUCCGUCUCCAGAUGUAAGAGCUAUAUUUUCAACAAUAUGUUACAGCAGUUUGAUGGGUGGUGUAUAUGGAAGCUUAUCAUACAGUAAACGGGCUUAUGAGGAUUUUUUCCAGAAGAACCAAUCAACACUGUUUCAAAAUCAGUUUGAAGCCAAAGCCAAACUACAAUCUCAAGUUACAUUGGCAAUGGCAAGAGGCGUCUUUAAAUGGGGAACCAGAGUAGCACUAUUCUGCGGAACUUUUACAACUAUAGUAACUGCCGUAAAUGCGUAUACACAAAAGGUUACUUUAAUUAGUUAUGCAACAGCUGGUUUUGUAGUUGGUGGAAUUGCAAGAAUAAGUUUUGGUAUGAAAGGUUUUCUUGUUGGAUCUACAUUGGGAGCUAUUUUAGGUGUCAUUGCUGGAAGUUGUACAUUAUUAAUAUUAAAGUUUUCUUCUUUUACUAUGGAUGAAUUAAAAGAAUGGCAGAGCGAAAGUCAAAUAGAAAGAGACUUAUAUUUUGUUAAGGAACAAAAAACAUCUCGGAUAUUCAAGUAUGAUAAACCACCUGAACUAGAAGAACAUGAAAAAAGAAUACAACGAUCAGAAAUUCAUGAACAAUUUCAGAAUAAAAAAUAACUGUUAUGAUUUUUGAAUGAAGUGUAUGGUUCUUUGUCACCAGCUCCGUCAUAUGACAAAAUUCAUACUUCAAAGGCCUUGAUGAACUGUUAAUCGCAGUCUAAUAAUCCUCUUGGCACCCAAUUCUUUCUAAAAAUUAGUUGUUGCUUCUACAGAAUUUCAAUGGUCACCAGCAUAACUUACACAUGAAUCGACUGUUAACAUGUAAAUAUUGUUAUAAUUGUUAGUAAUUUGUGAUGAAGUAAAUAGUGUUAUUAUUUUAGUAUAUUAUAUGUGUAACUUAAUUAUUCA